GCUGUGCGUCGUCGCGACGAUCAGCUGUGCGCACCUAACCUCCUCUCACCUUCACUCGGCGCGCCGCGCUCCCGAACGACAGUCCGACCGUCCGACGUCCGAUAGUACGCGUUUCAUUUUGUGUGUCUUGUAUCCAAUGUUGUUGAGCACUCGGCGCUAGCGCCACCCGAUAGAGAGCGGCCGGAAUUGCGAUUCGAUUUCGUGAACUAAGCCGCGACAGCGAAGAGCGGUGUCAGUGCGUGUGCCAUUUCGCGCCGAGAAAUGGAAGUUGACGAGACGCGUUCGUACUCCGAUACAAGAGUGAGCACGUUGCCGAUAUUGCGUGUAAUCGUGCGCGAGCUCGUCGCGGUGACAGCUGUGCGCGUACUUGUUUUUUGAAGCUCUUGUUAUGACAAAGAAGAUAUCACCGGGCACGACCGGUCACCGACCAGCCGCGUAUCCGGCCGAAAGAUUGUUGUCAUCGUCGCCGUUGUGUAAGUAUCGUGCACGUCGCGUAUAAAAGUGUUUAGUUGGGUCUUCCGUUCCCUUGCGAGAAGGAAUUGCCGGCGAGGAAUUAAUACGAGAAUUCAAAAGUCAUCGAGGAAAGAGUGAUCGAAGCAAAGAUGUGGUGUCUUGUCAGUCAAGCCAAUUCUGUCAUCCUCGAGGUGCAGGUCGAUCCGAAGGCCAUCGGCCAAGAAUGUCUCGAAAAGGUUUGCGACUGCCUGGGAGUCAGCAAGGAGUGCGAUUACUUUGGGUUAAAGUAUCAAAAUGCGAAAGGCGAGGAGCUCUGGCUGAACCUAAGGAACCCUAUAGAACGGCAAACCGGCGGCGGCGUGGCGCCUCUAAGAUUCGCCCUGAGGGUUAAGUUUUGGGUGCCGCCUCACCUGUUGCUACAAGAAGCUACCAGGCAUCAAUUCUACUUGCAUUCCCGCCUCGAGCUGGUUGAUGGUAAAUUAAAGGUAUCAGAUUGGAGUUCCGUGGCCCGUCUAGUAGCCCUGAUAGCGCAAGCCGAUGGUGGUGAUUAUGAUGCACUAUCACCGCCGCAUGCACUCUACUCUCAAUGCUGUCAUAUUCAACUCGCGGAGCCGUGUGAAGCAAAACCUCAAGAUUUUCUACUUCGAAUAGUUCAGCAACACAAGGAAAUCAAGGGAAUGAAAGCUUCGACCGCUGAAUAUUGGCUCUUGAAAGAAAUAUCCAAUCUCGACAUGUUUGGGCAAGAAAUGUUUCAUAGUAAAUUUGGAUACAACGGAGUUUCUAUGAUCGGCGUUGGUCCACACGGAAUUACGGUCUAUCGUAAUCAGGAUGAAGAAACGCAAAACAUACCGUACACCGCUAUACAAAGCGCUACGUCACAACGGCGAAUGUUUCAUUUGGUUUACCUUUCGCUCGAUGGUGAAGAGACGUCGUUGGAUUUUAAAUUAGACUCGAGCCAAUCCGCUAGUGGACUUUAUAGAGCGAUUACCGAGAAACAUGCAUUUUACAGCUGCGAAACAGUUAGAAGCGCAGUCACCGCGCAGUUUAUCCGUGAUUUAAAGGGGACAAUAAUUUCCAUUUUCAAUGAAGAUUCGACUCUAGGCAAAAAGUACGUGUUCGAUAUACGCAGGACUUGUCGGGAGGUUUAUGACAAUGCACGGCGUGCGCUUUAUUGCGAGGCUGCGACCAUAGCUUUGCCAGAAGAGAAUGAGAUUCUCGAGAACCACGCCUGUAGCGAAUGCGAAAAUCCCAAGUGCAAGGAAUCUCGGGAAUGUCUGGCGAGAUUACUAGACGCUAUGCUGUGUCGGAUCUGUAUGGAUCGAAGCCUAGACACCGCCUUGUUUCCCUGCGGACACGCUGUGGCCUGUUUGGAUUGCGCCCGUCGCUGCGAGCGUUGCCCAUUAUGCCGAGCCGAUAUUGACUAUUGCCGGACGAUAUACCUUCCGAUCGAGCUGACGCACAUCGAUAAACACACUCCGAAGCUGUUGUCGGAGACGAUCGAGCCUGUAUUCGGCAAGCCGGAGGAAAUAAAAGAGGAAAUUUUAGGCAGCGAAGCGUCCGUGAAUAGUAAUAUUUGAGAGUGUCGAAUCAAACGUCGAUUCAGCUCGUUUGAAAAAUUCUUCAGGAUUGUUACUUGCCGCGCAGGAAGAGCGUAUUAAUUAAAAUAUAUGCGAGAGCGAAGCACUUUUUUAUUUACUUAUCUUACCGAGUGAUUUUUGACGUUGGUGUUUCGUCGAUUUCACGAAAUCUUUAUUUUGUGCGAUUGUUUCAGAUAAUUUUAUUGUUAUAUAUUCGUCAGUGUUUCUUUCCUAUUUCAAUUUUUCAUUUAUUCGCUUAAGUUAUACGAAAAAAUAACAACAUACCAUACACAUUCAUAA